GUUCUAUUAGAAACUUACCGUAGUUUAACAGUGCGUUACUAUUAUUCGCCGGUUUUGUGUUUCACCACAUACCUCUGUCCCUGUUCAUCAAUUGUGAACUGACAAUACGCACAUAAAGUCGCGCGUCCUCCUAGCCCAUAAUUGCAGGCCACAAAUAUCAGCCAAUUAUCAGAAAAUGAGUUACAACUACAUAGUUUCUUGGAUGCUUAUAACAUUCACUGCUGCCGUAUCAUGUGUCCUGACUUAUGUAUUCUCUAGAUAUCAACAUGAGCCUUACAUGGAUGAAGUUUUUCAUGUGCGCCAAACAUUAAAAUAUAUUCAAGGAAACUGGAAGUCCUGGGACAACAAGAUCACCACACCUCCAGGUCUUUAUGUGGCUUAUGUGUCCGCUCACAAAGUUUUGAGUUCAUUAGGUGUACUUCCACCUGAACCUACUGUAAUGCAUUUGAGGUUUUCGAGUGUCCUUUUCAGUUUAUUGAACCAUGCGAUUAUUCUUAGGCUUGUUAAAAUCAUGAAAUGUAACUCUCCUAAUAUUCUAGCAAUCGCUAUCGCAUCGGGACCAUUAUUCAUCUUUUUCUCUGCCUUGUACUACACUGAUCAUUGCUCGAUUUUAUUCGUCAUGGCGUCUGUUUACUUUAGUUUAUUACAUCAUGGCUGGUUAAGUGCUUUGUUCGUUUCAUAUGCUGUCUUCACACGUCAAUCUAAUAUUGUAUGGGUCCCUCUGCUUAUGUGCAUCCACACUUCCGGGAGCUUAUCACAAAAUAUGUUCGGGCAUGACCGAUGUUCCUCGACCAUGUGGAUCAAAAGAUUACUGUACAUGUUCACUACACAUCCAAUUUCUGUCAUGUUUGUUAUACUGAAAAGCGUCUUUGGGCCAUGUUUACCUUUCGUCUUAGUUUUAUUUUCGUUUAUAUCUUUUGUUAUUAUAAAUAAAGGUAUUGUUUUGGGUGAUAGAGAAGCACAUACUGCAGUUUUGAACAUCCCUCAAUUUUUAUACUUUGCUACUUUUUGUGCAUUCUCUACUCCCGUUCAGUUUGGGGGUUUCAUAUUAAAUAGCAUUAAGUCAUUUAAAAACUUGCUUGCUAAUCGAAGUUGGAGGGUGUUGAGUAUAUUUCUUGUACUCACACCAAUUUUUGUCCUAUUUAUAUUAAUAUCUUUGAAGUAUUGCUUUUUUGUUCAUCCUUAUUUGAUUUCCGACAAUAGACACUAUACUUUCUAUAUCUGGCGAAAAAUCAUAUAUAGAAGUGUUUCCACUUAUUAUAGUCUGUCUGUUGUUUACCUGGUGGCGACAGCGUACUUUGUGAACACGUUGUUCUUUUCUUAUCGCAACAUACCAUUCGGUCCUUUCAUAGAACGCCUAGUUUUCUUAGUUUGCGCUUUCAUUGUUGUGAUCGCUUCUGGUUUACUCGAAUUGCGAUAUUUCCUGAUCCCAUUUGUAUUAUGGCGAAUCUUCUCCCUUUCACAUACUCAUUACAAGUACUUGCUCUGUGAAGUUUUGUGGAAUCUAUUGACUGUAUUCAUUACAGCAUACCUCUUUAUCUUUAGGCCGUUUGAAUGGCCAAGUCAGCCUGGUGUGCACCAAAGGUUUAUGUGGUAGCCUUUUUAAUGCCUCUUAAAUAGUAUUUUAUUCAUGUCUAAAUACGCAAUAAUGUGACUGCGAUUUACUGCAAAUAUCGAACGACUGUAAUGCGAAUUGCUAAAAUCGUAACUAAUUUAUGUGCAACACUUAUUUGUUCGUGAAAUGUACUUUUAAACUUGGAACUUGUUCUUCAAAAUACCAUGAAAGUUGUUACUAGUCAGCUGAGUUACUUCAAAUGUCUUCGGUUGACAGUUAUACUAUUUUUAUGAAAACAAACAACAAUCAUCUAUGUUUUAGUAUUCUGAAUAACACAUAAGACGAUUC